AUGGGUAAGGAGCAGUUGAAUGUUCUUAAUGCCCUUGAUGUUGCCAAGACACAAAUGUACCAUUUCACAGCAAUUGUGAUUGUUGGAAUGGACUUCUUUACUGAUUCCUAUGAUCUCUUCUGCAUUUCCAUUGUCACCAAAUUGCUGGGUCGCAUCUAUUACUAUGAUGGUGGCAACAAUCCAGGUUCUCUCCCACAAAAUGUUUCCGCUGCGAUCAACGGUGUUGCCUUCGGUGGAACACUUGCCGGACAACUUUUCUUUGGUUGGCUUGGUGACAAAAUGGGAAGGAGACGUGUUUAUGGAAUGACCCUUGCGCUUAUGGUUCUAUCUUCACUUGCUUCUGGUUUCUCUAUUGGGAAGGACCCAAAAGCUGUUGUAUCUACUCUUUGUUUCUUUAGGUUUUGGCUUGGAUUUGGAAUCGGUGGUGAUUACCCUCUUUCCGCUACUAUCAUGUCUGAGUAUGCAAACAAAAAGACCCGGGGCGCAUUUAUAGCUGUCGUUUUUGCCAUGCAAGGUUUUGGAAUUUUGGUCGACGGAGCUGUUGGAAUUAUAGUUUCAUCUAUUUUUAAAGCCUUUUACCCGGCUCCAGAUUUUCAUAUUAACCCAGCACUGUCCACAGUUCCACAAGCUGAUUAUGUUUGGAGGAUAGUCUUGAUGUUCGGUGCAAUUCCGGAUAGUCUUGAUGCUCGGUGCAAUUCCGGCUGGGUUGACAUACUAUUGGAGGAUGAAAAUGCCUGA